AUGAUUUGGGCUACUUAUAAAACUUCUAUUUUACUCAUUCCAACGAUUUGUAUAUUCGUCUAUUUUUUUAUUUACUAUACACUUUUCUCCAUUUGUUUUACAUUAAUAUCAAUCGGUUUAAUCUAUGGUUUUAUAUUAGCAAUACAUCAAUCAAAAUUAUAUAGAAUUGUUCAUAGUCAAAAAAUCAAAACACGACAUAAUAAUAUAGUUAAAUGGAUAAUAGAACAAAUUCAAAUAUCUUCCAAAGAAAAUCUAAAAGAAAAUAUUGUUGCACAACAUGCAUCUAACAUUGAUUUAGAUACUAUUGUUGAUCAGAUAUGUGAUUUACUUUUAAACGAUCUUGUUUUAUCUUGGUAUCAACAUGUUUCUUAUGAACAAAUAACAUUUACUCGAACAGUCAAACAAGAAAUUCAUUUAAUCGUAUCGAAUCUUAAAACACGUUGUGCUCAUAUUGAUUGGGUUAAAGUUAUAUCGAACGAUCUUGUUGUACAAUUUGCUGAGCAUUAUCAACAAGUUCGACGAGCAACUUUACAUCCUGCUGAAUAUUCAUUUCAAUUACAUGCUUAUCUAGCAACGGAUGAAAGUGAAAAUGAUUUUUUGCGAGCGAUAAGUGAAGCAUUAUUACUUCAACUUUUACCAGCAAGUUAUUCAUCAACAUUAGCUAUAAGACACUUAUUACGUGAAAUACUUGUUUUUAAAGUUUUUAAACCAACGAUAAAUUUAAUAUGUGAACCAGAUUAUUUUAAUGAAAAUAUUUUAUUAAAACUCGAACAAUUAAAUUUAAAUAAUGAACAAAAAUUACGAAAAUUUACAUUAGCAUCGAAUUAUGAAAAUUUUAUUAAACUUAUUGAAACAAGUAAUGAUCUUGAUAAACUCGAACAGUUUUGGAAUUAUAUUGUGACAGAAAUUAUGCAAGCGACAGCAAUUAGAAAUUUAUUAAAAGAAGGAGUCAUUUCUAAUGAUAAUCAUCAGGCUCGACUUGGAACAAAAGGUGAAUUAUUAAUGAAUCGUGAUUUAACAAAAUAUCUUAAUCAAUUACGACGAGCGAAAAUUGUUUGUGAAAGACAUAUUACAGCCAAUGGUGGUCGAAGUUAUCUACUUGUUGAUGCAAGUACAAAUAAAAUAAAUUUAGCUAAUCGAAAAAUACUUUCAUUAAAUAUGAUAUUAAGUUGUAUUACGGGUCGUCAUCAUUUACAUGAAUUUUUAGAAACAUUUGGUACACAUACAUUAGUGAAAUUUUGGUAUGAUAUUUGGAAAUUACGUUCUGCUCCGUCUCAUGAACGACAUCGUGUAGCAACAAAAAUUUAUAAUACAUAUAUAACACGUUUUGGUAGUGCUGUUCGUGAUGAGAUUGAUAAUGCUACUGUAGUUCGAAUGACAUCAUUUCUUGUUGGUGAACAGGCUGAUCCAGAUGCAUUUUAUCAUGCUCAAGCUAUUGUUUAUCGAGUAUUACAACGUGAUUAUUAUGCAUCAUUUCUUGUUUCAAAACAAUAUGAUGCUCUAUGUCGAACAUUCAAUUCAUCUAAUCUACAAGAUUUUGAUUUAAAAGAACAAUUACUUGGUUGGUCAACACCAAUUUCAGCCGAUGAAAAUUAUGAUGAAUCAGAUGAUAAUCGUACAACACAACGACCUGAAUCACCAACUGAAGAACCAUCUCAAAGUGUACCGAAACGUUUAGCUGACUUACGAAAUCAAUUAGCAAAUAAACAAUAUGCAUUAACAGCUGCAAAAGAAGGUUCUACAUUUGACGCUACAAUUUUAGCAUCACUUGAACGUGAUUGUGCUGAUUUAAAUCAAGAAAUAAGUACAUUAGAAUGUUUAUUAGAAAAUGUUGAUUUAUGGUGGUCAUAUUUGGGUCAAUGGCAAGCUCAAGUACUUUCAGAUGUGAUCGGGAAUGGCCGAGCUUGUUUAGCUGUACUUGUUCGUAGUCCAAAUAGUGAACAGGAUCAAGUUGGUUGGGUUGUAACACGAACAGUACAUGCUUGGCAACAAUUUUAUAUUCGUUUAAAAGAUUUACAACCAACAUUACCAACAAUUGAUAUAUUUCGUGUACGUCAUCGUAAUUUUGCUCAAUUAGCAUAUGAUACAGGAUUAUCUCGACAAUUAUCUGAACAACUUGAAAUAUUUUUACAAAACAUUUUACAAGAUGAACACAUGUCAUCAUUUGAAUUAGUUUAUCAAUUUUUAAAUCCAUCAAUUAUUGAUAAUGAUAGACAAUCAUCAAAUGUAGCUACUACUAAAAAGAAACAAACAAAUUCAAAUAAAAAUUCAUUUGAUAUGUUUCGUUCGGAUAAAACAUCGAACGAAUUACAAGAAAUUGAUAGUGUUCGUUUUCUCGAAGGUCGAGCUGAUUCAAUUGCUAAACCAUUUUAUGCUUUUAUUGAUAUAUUAUUCGAUGAACAACGUAGUUUACUUAAAUUAAUACGUAUGACGUUAGUACAAUUUAUUCGUGUUACAUAUGGAAGUACAAUCAAUCGACAAGUACGUCGAUAUAUUGUUAGUCUAUUUCAAGAAGAAUGUAUUGUUAAAUAUUUAAUGAUAUUACAAGACGCAUUUUGGCCUAAAACUCCAGUUCCUGAAAGACAUGCAUUUACAGAUGAUGAAAAAAUUGAACGAAGACAACAAGCUAAACGACAAUUAUUAUCAAAUAUACCAGAAACCAUUUCUUUAAUAUUCGGUUCCGAUAAUGCAAGAUUAGGUGCAGAACGAUUAUUUGAACUCUUCCAAAAUGUACAAUUAAACAAACAUCUUUGUUACAAAUUAUUAUUAAUGAUUAUGAAUGAAAUCUUUCCAGAGUUACAUACCAAAUUAUAA